AUGGAAGUCAUAGGAAGGCUCGUCCUUGGGGCCAUUUUAGUUGCCUCCUGUUGGGCACAGUUGAAUUUCACCAAGGCUGAAGGCAGAUCAAGCUGCACGGCCAGUCUGGGAGGGGCCAAUCUGGGAGAGACCUACAAAGCCCUGAUCCUACAACUCAAUGAUGACGAGAACUGUACCUGGACCAUAGAGAUACCUGAAAACAGGAGCAUCAGGAUCAUCUUCUCCCAUGUCCAGUUGGAUACAAAUGGAGGGUGUGAAAGUGAAAACAUUAAGGUCUUUGAAGGAGAGUCCACCAGCAGGCCUCUGCUAGGGACAGUCUGCAGUAAAAAUGACUUCGUUCCCGUGUUUGAAUCAUCAUCCAAUUCACUGACAUUUCAAAUAGUCACUGACUGGGAAAAAAUCCAAAGAAGUGUCUUCAUCUUUUAUUACUUUUUCUCCACCGAUACCUCAAUUCCAAACUGUGGUGGUUACCUGGACACUUUGGAAGGAUCUUUUACCAGCCCUAAUUAUCCAAAACCACACCCUGAGCUGGCAUACUGUGUGUGGCACAUACAAGUGGAUAAAGGUUAUAAGAUAAAAUUAAACUUCCAAGAGAUUUUCCUAGAAAUGGAUGAACACUGCAGAUUUGAUUUCAUUGCGGUCUACGAUGGCUCGUCCACCACAUCUGGCCUGAUUGAACAAGUCUGUGGCCGUGGGACACCUACCUUUGAAUCUUCCUCAAAUUCCAUGACUGUGGUAUUGUCUACAGACUAUGCCAAUUCCUACAGGGGAUUUUCUGCUUCCUAUACUUCAAUUUACACAGAAAACGUCAACACAACAUCUUUAAGUUGUGCUUCUGACAAGAUGAGAGUCAUCAUAAGCAAAUCGUUCCUACAGUCACUUAACUACAAUGAGGACAACUUGCAACUAAAUGACCCAACUUGUAGACCACAUGUAUCAAACGUUGUCGAGUUUGCUAUCCCUCUGAAUCAAUGUGGUACAAUGAAAAAGGUAGAAGACCAGUCAAUCACAUACACCAACAUGAUCACCUUCACUGAAUCUCUGACGUCUGCAGUGAUCACCCGACAGAAACAUCUCCAGAUUGUUGUGAAAUGUGAGAUGGAAUAUAAUUCCACUGUGGAGAUAAUGUACAUAACUGAAGAUGAUGUCAUACAAAACCAGAGUGUCCUGGGCAAAUACAACAUAAGCAUGGCUCUUUUUGAGUCUAAUUCAUUUGAAAAUCCUAUACAGGAGUCACCAUAUUAUGUGGAUUUGAACCAAACUCUUUUUGUCCAAGUCAGCCUGCAUGCCUCAGAUCCAAACUUGGUAGUGUUUCUGGAUACUUGCAGAGCCUCUCCCACAUCUGACUUUGCAUCUCCAACCUAUGACUUAAUCAACAGCGGAUGUAGUCAAGAUGAGACUUGUAAAGUGUAUCCCUUAUCUGGACAUGAUGGAAGAUUCCAGUUUAAUGCCUUUAAAUUCUUGAGACAUCUGAGCUCUGUGUAUCUGAAGUGUAAGGUUUUGAUAUGUGAUAGCAAUGACCCAGCAUCUCGCUGCAAUCAAGGCUGCAUCUCCAGAAAGAAACGAGACAUUUCUUCAUACAAGUGGAAGACUGAUUCUGUCAUAGGACCUAUUCGCCUGAAAAGGGAUCGUGCUGCAAGUGGAAACUCAGGAUUUUUGCCUCAAACACAUGUGGAAGAAACUCAACACCGGCCUUUCAACAGUCUGCACCUGUUUUCAUUCAUGGUCCUUGCCCUGAACCUAGCGAUUGUGGCCACAGUCACAGUGAGGCAUUUUGUAAAUCAACAGACGGAUUACAAAUACCAGAAGCUGCAGCUCCAUUAA